CGUCAGUUUUAGUCAUUUCCAUGUGUUGUUAGUCUGUAAUAACCCCGACAGGGUAUUGGUGUUUCUCAAUCUGUAUUUUGCCAAGUGCUAGAAGAGAAGCCCGUCGUGCGCCUCGUGAUGUCGUUUGACUUGAUUAAGUUUAUCAAGACCAACAUCCGAAGGGUUUAGGGUCUGCGCCCUACUCAGCUGAACUCAGGUCGGAUUUCUUGCAAUCAAUCAGUGCCACAGCGCAGCAAAUUGCUGGUCCUUGGAUCUUACCAGGAGACUUCGACAUGUACCGGUUUGAGUUUGAGAAAAACAACAAUCGAUUCAACUGGACGGUCAUGGAGAUUUUUAAUGAAAAGUAAAUUUUACGGAACCACAUCUUUCGAGGCUUCUUUCUCAUCAAGACACUGUUUUUGCUAAUUUGUUCGCAAAACCACAAAUUCUGCCCCAAUUGUCUUGCCUCGUCCAAAACGAACGCUCACCUGAUUUUGACAGUUCUUUCAAGCAGAUCCCGCUUGUCAGACAUCACGUCUUUGUCUUUUUCAUUGGAUCCCUUGACUUUUUCAUUUUUCUUUACUCGUCCCCUCGUCUUCUUCUUCCUAUGCAGCAACAGCAGGGCCGGUCCAUCGAUCCAAUUCCUCCACGUUGCCCACGCGGCUUCAGUGAAAUGCCACGUUCCUAUACUAUCUCGGAAAACAGGAACUGCUCGUAUCUCAACAAAUCCAUUCGACUUCCACUGUUAAAGCGACGCGCCCCCAAAUAAUUCCUGCGGGACAAAAACAAACAAAACAAAAAUCGCGCGACGCACAACCGCGGGCACAGUUCCCCUAGGCCCUAAGCCAUGAGCCUGCCGCCGCCGACGCAGCGCGGCCGCCACCCGCCGCCGGCGCUCGUCGACGACGCCAUGCGCGAGAUCUUCCUGCGCGUCCCUCCGGACGACCCCGCGAGCCUCGUCCGCGCCGCCGCCGUCUGCAAGGCCUGGCGCGCCAUCCUCCUCUCCUCCGACGACGCCGCCUCCUUCGCCCGCGACUACCGCGCCUUCCACGGGCCGCCGCCGCCCAUGCUGGGCUUCCUCCACAACAAAUGCUACAAGACGCACUGCCUCUCCCACUUCGUCUCCACCACGGCGACGCCCUCUUUCCGCCCGCCGGCCUGCCACGGCCGCCGCCACUGGUACGCCCUCGACUCCCGCCACGGCCGCGCUCUCUUCUACACCCCUAAAUCCGACGAGGACUUCGUCGUCUGCGACCCCAUCACCGACGACCGCUGGGCGAUCCACGCCGACCCUCGGUACUCGGACGUCAUGUGGAAACCGCAGGACGGCGACGAGGACGAGGAGGAGAAGACCUGGAACGCCGCGGUGCUCUGCGCCAAGGACCGCUGCGACCACCUCGACUGCCAUGGCGGCCCUUUCCUCGUCGCCUUCGUGGGAUCCGACGAGCAACGGGGCACAUUCGCCUCAGUCUACUCAUCAGAGACUGAUCAAUGGAGCAAGGUGAUCUUCCUGAACCAACCGAACGCCAUUAUGGAGGCCGGGCACAGUGCUGUUCUGGGAAGUAAGGUGUACUUCCCCUGUAAGCAGAGCACCCAAAUCGUGGAGUUUAACAUGGGUGAACAUAAGCUAGCGGUGAUCAAUAAGCCGUUCAACCAGGCAUACCUUGCCCUUGUGGGAGUAGAGGACGGCAUGCUGCUGUUCGCGGGCCUGAGGGAGUCUAAGCUCCACCUGUUGUCAAUGGAGGCUGGUCCCAAUGGAGCUGUGGCCUGGGUGCGCUGCAGGAUCAUUGCGCUCAAACCGUUGCUCCCCUCUCGUGCCCUGCUGAAAGCCUCGGUGGUUGGUUUUGCAGAAGGUAUUGGUGCCAUCUUCCUGAGUACAGAGGCUGGGUUGUUCAAAAUUGAGCUCAAUUCAGGCCGAAGCAGGAAGAUAUACAGAAAGAUGUUCUUCGAGAAAAUCAUGCCCUACACGAGCUUCUACACUGGAGUGCGUAAUGUUGGCGGGUGUUCUGGUAGGGCUUCAGGAGCAGGUGUCACUGCUACGACGGCAAUGUAGUCAAAUGGCGUCAGAAUGAUGGAUUGGUCUGCUUUUGUUUUGUAAGGUUUUGAGGUGAACUUCAGUGUCACAUGCGUCUGGCUUUGUUGGCAGUUUGAUUAGUGUGAAUGCUCUUUGUUCUAUUUGUGCUUUAGUCAAAACCCGAGUUCGUUGUAUUCUAGGAAAAAAAAACUCGAGCUCGUUGGGGUUGUUCUUGUAAGCCCAGAAGGGCAUUCAUGUUUCACCUUGCAAAACAAACAGGGCUUUUAUCAUUCUCUGGAAGAGUAUGCUGUGUUAGAUUCACUGACUUGAAUA